GAAUUUCCCUCAAAGCAGGUUUUCUUUCUCCUGAAGCGUGAAGUGAGUUGUUUGACGCGACACCAUCAAUCUAGACGUCAUGGAUUUAGUUUCAGAGAGAAGACGUCUGAAACACCCCCACUAACCCUAACCAACAAAACACUUCCAGCCCUUCCGUCACUCAACUCAAUGACAUCUGGAAUUUCAACAAGACGAGAGAGAGAGAGAGAGAGAGAGAGAGAGAGAGAGAGAGAGAGAGAGAGAGAGACUGCAGACUUUAAUCUUAGACUCUUGCUGGAAUCAAACUACAAGGAAAAGCAAACAGAAGAGAAAAGAACAGCAGAGAAAUAAAGAGGCUUGCUUUUAAACAUGAAACAUUUGCCAUGGAUCAGCGCUUUGUCAUUCCUGCUUUAUUUUUCCUUGGGAACUGCAGAUUACAGAGAGCGCCGGCAGACCGCGGUGAGGAGUGUGUCAGGCGUGAGGAGUGUGUCAGGUGUGUGUCGAUACGGCAGCAGAGUCGAGUGUUGCUACGGCUGGAAGAAGAGCAGUAAAGGACACUGUGAAGCUCAGUGUGAUCUGGGAUGCACACACGGCGAGUGUGUCGGGCCCAACAAGUGCAAGUGCUUCCCCGGAUACACUGGGAAGACGUGCAGCCAAGAUCUGAACGAGUGUGGUCUGAAGCCUCGACCCUGUGAGCAUCGAUGCAUGAACACUUUCGGCAGCUACAUGUGCUACUGCUUAAACGGAUACAUGCUAAUGUCUGACGGGUCCUGCGCAAACUCCAGGACCUGUUCUGUGGCUCACUGUCAGUACGGCUGUGAGGAGGUCCAGGCCGAGGUGCGGUGUCUGUGCCCGUCCCCGGGCCUCCAGCUGGGACCCGACGCCAAGACCUGCGUGGACAUUGAUGAAUGUGCAACCGGGAAAAAUCAAUGUCCGUUCAACCGGCAGUGCAUCAACACAUUCGGGAGCUACUACUGCAAGUGCCAGGAGGGUUACGACCUCACAUACGUCAGUGGCAAAUACGACUGUGUUGAUAUUAAUGAGUGUGUGUCGGACACACACAAGUGCAGUCUUCACGCCGAGUGCAUCAACACACACGGAUCCUACAGGUGUAAAUGCAAGCAGGGCUUCCGGGGCAGUGGGUUCGACUGUUCAGUCAAGCCUUUUCCUCACAGAUCCUGGGACAGUGAUCAGGGAAAAGCGGACGCGUUUCUCAACGUUAUUCCCGAUUCCCCAUCCAAGACUCGUAUUCUGGGCCGGUUUGACAACAGCAUCCCAGAGCCAGCGGUGACCGACGCUUCUCGCCUCCAGCUGCAACCCUUCGACUACAGCGACGGGCUCUACACCGGCCCUGAGGAGGAGGAGGAGAAGGUGUACGAUGAGGAGGAGGAGGACGACACCGGAAACCAGCUGGACCCCCGAGGAGAUGUUUUCUUUCCAGAUGAGUUUGUGCCUGUGUAUCAUCCCGGACCCGAGCCGGAGGAGAUCCGAGCAGCGCCGCUGAAGGAAAGGCUCCUGACCGACUGUGACUUUGACCGGGGAGCGUGUGAGUGGGUCCAGGAUCACGAGGAUGAUCGGGACUGGACCAUCAAGUAUCAUGAAAACGGAAGAGAGUAUCACCUGGCCCUCGAGGGCCCGGCGGGGGUCCGGCCCGAGGUGUCGAGGAUGAAGCUGCUGCUGGACGAUCACAUGCGGCAGAGCAGCUUCUGUCUCACGUUCGACUAUCUCAUCCGGGGCCCCCAGAACACCUUACGGGUGAAGCUGGACGACAGUGAGUCUGCGCUGUGGGAGAGCGGACCGACACACACUCACGGCUGGACAAGAUCCGAGAAGAUCAGCGUCAGCGGGACCGAGACCCAGACCCGACCCGGAGCGGUGGUGUUCGAGGCUGAGCGCGGGAGGACCGUCAGUGGAGAGAUCGCUCUGGAUCACGUGCUUCUGCUCUCGGGACCCUGUUCAGAAGAGAAAACACACAUCUUUUAGGACUUCAUUAAAGCUUCUCAACACCAACCAAAGACUCGACUCCGCUGUAGCUCAGCGGGAACAGACGGGGAGAAUAAGGAGAGUGACCUUUACUGUAGAAGUGUUAUUGAUAUUGUUUGUUUUCUGAUCAGUAUGUAGGUAUAUAUCAUUCACUAUUUGUAUGAUUAUAUAAACAUUGUAACAUUAUAACGGCUGUACAUUUUGCUUUACAUUAAAAAGCUGGAAGAGA